AUGAGCGGCGUCUCCACCACCGUCCACGCGCCUGCAGAAGAACCAGAGGUGCAAAGUGGAGCCGAUGCUGAAAUCUCCAUCCCAAGCUCCACUCUUGUAAAGUUUGACCCAAAGAGCGAUACCAUACGGGGAGAGCUGGUGCAGAUAAUUGCAGCAUGGCUGAUCGAACAAGGUUUUACGUCGACUGCACAGCUUCUUCGUGAUGAAGCAGCUGCUCUCUUGCGUCAAGAGCACAAUGAGCGAAAGGCCCUUCGUGUCAUCUCACGCGCUAUCCAAGAGGGAAACUGGGAUGCAGCUCAUGGCCAACUAAAGAAGCUAGAUCCCGUCACAAAAUCCAAUGGGGCAGGUAACGCAGAUACACCCUCACAACCUGCUUCACUGCUCCAAUCGAUGGCUUUUUUGCUCUCACAGCAGCAAUUUUUGGAGUACGUUGAUGAGGAUGAUGGACAACGUGCCCACGUGUUUUUUAUGAGAAGAAUCAAACCGAUGGAGGCAACAAUAAGCAAGGAUCAUUUUCAACAGCUUAUAUACCUCCUCACAUGCAGGACUGUCUCGGAGGCAGGAGGGAAGUUUCCUGUAUGGCGUGGGUGGACUCCUAUGGUGGGACGUUCGCAGCUUCAAUCUAUCCUAUCAAAGGCUAUUGGAUACUGUGACAGCAGUCUAUACUGCCGCCAGUACGAGUGUGGAUUUGACGAAGGUCCAAAUGCUGCGUUCAAGAGUCUUGAACAAAUCUUGACCAACUCACUUUCGUAUGAACUUUUAAAAUCAAAGCAUCCGUCACUCCUAAGCGGAUUGCCGAUACACUCCGUGUUUUCUAUUCAAAAGCCUAUGGGUGAGCAGCUGAUUCCAUCCAACCUAUUGACGUCUAUAGACGUUAACAAGCUACGUGGUGAUAUCGUCGGAGGUACGAUGAAGGGCGUAAGUUUGACAGCGUGCCAACCUUUUCUUCAAGUUCCAGCUCUAGCCGUUGGGACAUACACAGGAUCUAUUCUGUGGAUACCAAUCGUAAUUGAACGUGAUAGUGUAGCUGUGCCUUCGAACAAUGAUUGUUUCAGACUGUAUCAGUAUAAUGCGCCUGUCCGAGGUAUGGCAAGCCAUGAACGUCAAAUACUCCUCUCGUGGAGUGGAUGUCAAGCUGUCGUUCUCAAUAUGGCACAACUCAUGUGGCAAACCCCAGAUUCAUCGGACGCGUCGGAAUAUUUGAAGGAUUGUGUCGCAAACACAUUUGUUCACACAGCAGACGUUUACUCCUCGUGCUUGUUUCCAUGUGGAUAUAUUCUUGCGACAGGACUAUCGGAGGGUACUGUUACAGUUUGGGACCUUUUAACAGGGACACAAAUGUUCCACCACAGCUUCAGCAAUUCGGCGAUUGUAUCACUGACAACGAAUCGAACUGGUAGUUGCUACUAUGCAGCAUCGAAGGAAGGACUUGUUCGUGUUGUGGACGUCACCACAGGUGUACUCCUGUUUUCGUUCACCUCACCGGUAGCUAGUGAAGUGUCUUCAAUAGCUCUUUCCCCCUCGUCCUCUUUGUUACUUGUUUCCUAUCGGAGUGGUACGCUUCGCUUGUGGGACGUACUGACGGGAGGUGUUCUACCACAACGAUUCGAAGGCAUUGAAAGUAAUACCCGCAGGUGUGCUAGCGUCUGUUUUGGAUGUGUUGACUCGCACAUCAUUAGCGGGCAUGACGACGGUUUUCUGUACUUAUGGGACUUGGCCCAUGCCCGAACAAAGCAUCAAUCGCUUCAUGUGAACCCGGCAGCUGAAAUGUUAUCACCAGAUGCAUCGCAGAAGGAAGCACCCUGGCUGCAUUCAUCAUCCGUCCCGGGAAGGUACCAUUGGCCUCUCGGGGAAGCACUGCCACCUCCAAAACGCAUUCGUCUGCACCGAUCUCCAAUAACAGAUGUGAAGUUUCAACAUCAUUACGUGGUGACGUGUGGUGAUGACGGCGUUGUUUGUAUAUGUCACAGCGUACCGAAAUGCCAUCAGUAG